CAAUCAUAAUCCCUUAGACUGUGACCACGUGAUGAUCCACACAUUGAAACACUUGAGAGAGACCGCUGGAUUGAAAUCAUUCGACGGCCAGAAAAUUAAAUGUCCAUCAAAAAUUCCAGUAAUAGACCACGGUCAUCAUGGACAUUAUCAUCCUCAUCACAGACUGACAGGAGGUGGACCUUUGAUUUAUUUUCAUCAUGGAAGCUUUUCUCCAUUGGCGAUGGCUGGUGGGAUCGUGAUGAUUGUUCUGAGCAUGCUCAGUGUGAUUGUUGUUUUUUGGGUCUUGAUGCGCUAUCGGCGUAAAUUGUCCCGAGAAUGUAAGCGCCAGACCUUGGCUCAGGAAGAUUCCUUGAGCAAAAUGGAGAAAGGAAGUGGAUACGAAUCUGAAACCUUUGAACACUUGUUAAAGGAAGGUUUAAAGAAACAGCGAAGAGGUUCCCAAGGAUAUCCUGAGUGUGGUAUAGUUAACACGGAUGAUUCUGAUGUAGUGGAAGAGGUAGAUUAUCUAAAGGAGAAGAUGAUGAAACAGAGAAGAGGUUCUCAGGGAUACCCUGAAAACGUGAAAUCUGAUGAAUCGCUUUUGACGGAAGAUGAUGGCAUGAACAGGACUAUUGAGGAAAAGGGUAGCACGGAUAAAGGGACUCGAAACGAGUCAGACACAGUUGAACACAUGUUAAUGACUGGUCUAAGGAAACAGCGAAGAGGUUCCCAGGGAUAUCCUGUUCAAGUGAAAUCUGAUGACUCGCUUUUAUCAGAAGAAGAUUAUCUAGAGGAGAGCCUGAAGAUACAGAGGAGUAUGUCCAGAGGAUACGAUCUGGGGGCUGAAUCCAAUACCGACCGAGGAAUGUGCUAUGGUGGAGAUCGACUUGAAUUAAAGUAAUUUCUUAUCUGGAGAUCAUAGUGAUGGAUGAGGUUUAUACUUUUUAAAGUAAACACUGUGAAAUUUUACUACCGAUUCUUGUCUUCUUUUAUAUAGUUACAAACCCAAGAAGUAUCUUUGUUCGCAACGAUUUAAUCAGUUAUAUAUCUUAUGUUUCCUCCGCGUUACAUUUUGU